CACCACGUCACGACAAACAGGAUGUGGAUGUGGUAAUGACAUCAAAUGAUAAAGCACUUUCCCAAUAUAAAAAUAAUAACUUAAGACUCAUAAUGAUGGUACAAGUUCCUAACUGAAUAAGUACAAAAUGGGUGAAAAUGAAAAAAUUCGGGUGGGUUCCCGAAAGAGUGAGCUGGCUCUCAUUCAAACCCGACACGUUAUAUCGCUUCUUAAAAAAAUCCACCCCGAGAAAGACUUUGAAAUUGUGACAAUGAGCACCCUGGGUGACAAAGUUCUCGACAUACCUCUCCCUAAAAUUGGCGAAAAAUCUCUCUUCACGAAAGAACUCGAAGCGGCUCUCACUACAGGUUGUGUAGAUUUCGUAGUGCACUCUCUCAAGGAUCUUCCCACUAUGUUACCUCCAGGAAUGGCAAUAGGAGCAGUUUUGAUGAGAGAGGACCCCAGGGAUGCGUUGGUGCUACAAAAAGACCACGACAAAUAUUUACUUGAAACAUUACCCGCGGGAAGCGUUAUUGGCACCUCCAGUUUACGUAGAGCUGCGCAACUGGCGCGCAAGUACCCCCAUUUGAAAGUAGAGAACAUUCGAGGAAAUUUAAACACUAGAUUGAAGAAACUUGAUGAAUUGGGAAAGUAUCAAGGGAUUAUUUUAGCUUCUGCGGGUCUAAUUAGAAUGGGGUGGACUAGCAGAAUUACAAAGAUUUUAGAGUCAGAUGAACUUUUGUAUGCCGUGGGCCAAGGCGCCCUGGGUGUAGAAUGCCGCGAAUCUGACGAAAAAACCAUCAACUUACUCAAACCUCUGUAUGACGUCCAAACCGCUCUUCGAGUAAUAGCCGAGCGUAGCCUUCUCAAAACUCUCGGCGGAGGCUGCAGCGCCCCCGUCGCCGUCACGACUGACCUAACUCGCAACAAAGAAAACAAAUAUUCUCUCACAAUAAAAGGUGCAGUUUGGUCCCUUGACGGUAAAGAGGAAAUCGUCGAAGCAGACACUUGCGAAGUCGAAAUCAAAGACUUCAAGCGAUGUCUGACGUGUCCCUACAACUUCCAAAACCCUUCCUGCGUUAAAGAUAUUGAAAAUUUGCAAAAAUGUGACGUGUGUCCGAAUAGCCCUAUAAAGAAUCCUGCGAAGAGGAUCAAAUUGGAUGGGGUGUCUGCCGAUGUUUUGAAGGACGAUCCGCACGAACAUUGCCCCGUAUCGCUUCCCAUCGGGGCGGAUUUUAUGGGAAAGUGCCCUUAUUUGGAAGCGACGGUGGGGAAGUGCCCCGUGAAUGGGGCUGUCGAAGGACUGGACGUAAAGCAGUGUCCGUUUUUUAAUAAGAAAAUUGAGAAUAUAGAGAUUAAGGGGGACGUAGAUCAGGGGUAUUGCGGGUUGGUGAAGCACGAUGAAGUGUCUGUAGAAGCACUGAAGGAGGCGCAGGGUUUGGGGACGAAACUUGCACAGAGUUUGUUAGCAAAGGGGGCAGGGGAGGUAAUGGCGAAGGCUCAAUCAACUAUUCAUGCUAGUAUAAACGUAAGCACAAGUGUUAAAAGUUAGUGUAAUUUAUUUGUUGAUAAUAAAUGGUUACGGACAA